AUGGAGCCUCUGGGGCCGCCGCUGCUGGUCCGGGUGAGCGUGGUGGACCGCCGCGGCAAGCAGCCCGGACAGGCUUGUCGCGACCUGCGGCUGCGUGCCCUGGGCUGCACUCGCCUCGGGCAGCUGCGCGAGCUCGUGCGGAUGAAGUUGGCCAUGCCGUCGGAGGCCCCGCCCGGCGCGCCCCCGCCGCGGGCGCCGCGGACAGCCCCCGCGCGCGCCGCUGGCGGAGUGGCCGCCCGCCUCGCGGACGCGGCGGGCGGCGAGGACCGGCGGCCCGCCUCCCCCGCCGCCCGCGCCGCGCCCCGGUGCGGGAGCCCGGCCCGGGAGCCCCCGGAGCUGCGGCUGGUCCUCGGCGGUCGGCUGCUCGGCGAGGAGGAUGAGGAGCGCAGCCUCGCCGACCUUGGGCUCGCGGCCGGCGCCGCCGUGCACUGCGUGCUGUCCGCGCCGAGCGCGGCAAGCGGCGGGCAGCCGCUGGUCUGCUACCCGCACCGCUGCACCGUGGACGGCGGCCGCUCCGUGCAGCUGCUGGGCGAGAGGUUCCCCCUGUCGCCGCAGACAAGGUGCCGGUUCGGUACCGUCGUCGUGGACGCCAAGGUGGAGGCGGACGGGGUGCAGGGCGUCGCCGCGGAGGUGUCGUGCACCGCGCCCCCGCACCCGGCGGGGCCCGUCACGCUGAGCGUCUCCUUCGACGGCGGCACCACCUGGCUCGGUGGGCCCACGUUCUGGUACGUGGACCCCUCCGCCGCGGGCUGCCCGCACGGCGUCCCGGUCCCCGCCCCCUGCGCCGGCGGGGCCCACCGCGUGCGGACGGCGGCGCUCUUCGGGCACCAGGCCACGAGGUGGGACCCGAACGACCGCGGCCCGGGCUCGGGCGGCUGCGCGUGA